AUGUCUGAACAUUGUCGCCGACGAUCAACCGCCUCCAGUCCUGGUUCCGUGCAGAAUGGCAGCACCGCGCCGUCCACUCCGACGAAUACCUCGACAUCUCGCCCGACCGAUCAUGCCACGGGUUUUGUCGAUAUCUACGAUUCUCUGACCCCCCGACAGAUCAGCAUCAUCACCAUCGGAUCAGCCAUCGGAACAGGCUUGAUGAUCGGGACGGGAAGGGCACUAUCCAUGAGUGGUCCUGUCGCCAUCAUCAUCUCCUACACCGUCGUAGGUCUGGCGGUUUACCUGGUCCUCUCUGCUCUGGGCGAGGUCGCUGCAUGGUUGCCGAGACCAUACACUGUCGCAGACCAGGCUGUCCGCUUCUGUGAUCCUGCGCUGGGCUUUAGCUUGGGCUGGAUAUUCUGGCUCAAAUAUGCCGUCCUGACACCCAACCAGUUGACAGCCGCAGCCCUGGUGAUUUCGUACUGGUUGGACGCAGAGCGAAUCAACCCAAGCAUCUGUAUUACCACCUUUUUAUUGAUCAUCACCACCCUCAACUUUCUCGCCCAUUGGCUUCCCAGCCGCAUCGAACUAUAUGUGUCAUCGUUCAAAGUCGUCGUAAUGCUGGCGCUCAUGAUUGUGUCCCUGGUGAUCGCCAUGGGAGGUGGACCAGACCGGGAACGCAGAGGGUUUCGAUACUGGAAACAUUCGGGGGCAUUUGGCAACUACGAUAAUAGUCGAGUCAUGGUCAAUUUCUACAUGGUUUGGAGGACAAUGUCAUCGGCCACCUUCGCGUAUAUGGGCAGUGAACGGUUCGGGAUCCUGGCCCAGUCCCCGAGCGUGCGAAAGGCGACGUCGCGCGCUAUCAGGAACAUCUUUUAUCGCAUUCUGGUCUUUCACAUUCUGGGGAUCACCUUAAUCGGCAUGAUCGUCCCGCACAGCUCGGUCUCCCUCACGUUCUACAGCAGGGCUUCUCGCGGUGCUGCCGCCUCGCCGUUCGUGGCAGCAUUGUGUUUGGCUGGGAUCUCGGUUCUGCCUGAUAUACUGAAUGGCUGCAUCCUGCUGUUCGUAUUGUCCAUCGCCAAUUACGAUCUCUACCUGGCUACCAAGGCCAUGUGCGAUCUCUCGCUGAAGCACCGAGCACCGGCCUUUCUGUCGCGCACCAACCAGAAAGGCGUUCCUGUCUAUGCUUUGGGCGUGUGCUCUUCGCUGGCAACCCUUGCGUAUCUCAACGUCUCCCACGACUCCACCCUGGUUUUUGGAUAUUUCGUGGACACCGUUACUAUGCUCGGACUCUUGACUUGGAUGUCUAUUCUCAUCACCCAUAUAUCUUUUGUGCGUGCCCGCAAAGCUCAAGGCAUUCCCGACAAAGCUCUGGCGUUCAAGGCUCGCUUUGGCCUGCCCGGGACAUGGUUUGGCCUUGUUCUUUGCCUCUUCAUUUCACUGACCAUGGCAUUUGACGCCUUUUCCUUUCAGUCUGGCGCUCGCCACUUCAACUACAAAUUUUUCAUCGCCUCCUAUAUCGGCAUUCCUCUGUAUGUAAUCUUGAUUGUCGGGCAUAAGAUGACGGUCAAAUGUCGACAUGUCCACCCCAAGGAUGCCGAUCUCUGGACGGAUAAGCAGGAGUCUGGGUCUAGAGAAACAGAAUUCUCACUAGUAACUGAAAAUAAUUAG